AUGGAACAAAUAUUGAGUGGUGGCAUCAUUAAUCUCUCGAAUACAUGCUAUUUGUCGGUAUCCUUACAGAUUUUAUUUAGGUUCAAGCCUUUAGCCAAAUUGAUUCAAUCUUAUGCUGAAUUAUAUCCAGAAAAACAAAUCUUUAAAAUUUUUUCCACAUUACAGCAUAACUUUGUAACACAAACGACUCCACUUAGUCCAGAACCACUAACUACUGCAUUAAAAAUCGAUAAAUCCAAGCAACAAGAUAUGAGCGAAUUUUUAUCCUAUUUUCUAAAUUAUCUACUCGAAAGCUUACCAAAAGAUAAACAAAGUACGCUUUUGGAGCUAAUAAAUUGCAAAUUGUACGAUUCGCUUGGUAAUCAAAGAGAUAAUGUUUUUAUUUACACAAUUCCUGUCGAUUCAAAAUACACAGUUGAUGAAGCACUCAGGAGUUCAUUAGAUUCAAACAAAUACAGAUUUUCUCAUCCACCAAAACUCUUUUUCUUACAAUUACACAGAUUAUGUUUUAAUAAAUUAACAAAGACAGAAUACAAAAGAUUUGAUCCUAUGAACAUACCAACGAUGAUUGAUUUGACACCAUAUGGGGCAUGCAUUUACCAUUUACUUGGUGUUGUUCAACACAUCGGCACAAGUGUCUAUGGUCAUUAUAGGAUUGGACUUCAAGAUUCACAAGGGUGGAUGAUUGCCAACGAUAAAUACGUUAGAACAUCAACUUUGGAAGAGAUUUUAACUUCAUCAAUUUCAAAUGUUUCUCCAGCGUACGUUUUAGCAUUUGUUUCUGAUAUCAAUGACAUUGUUACGAUGAGAGAUGUCAUUGAAGUACGCGCAUCAGAGUUACCAGAGCUGCCAAGACCUGUUGGAUCAAGAAUUGGUGAAAUUAAAUGUGCAUUCAAUUUCCCAAAAAGUGACAACAGGGAAGUAAAAAGUGACAGUGGGGGAAUUGACGAUCAAUUUCCAUUGAAAAAUAAAGAUACUUCAUAUGAAGUUAUUACACAGAGUUUCAAGCAAAGCACAAUGGAAUUUGAUAAUCCAGAUAAAAUGCUAUUUGAAACUGUUGACGAAAUCAAAAGUUUAGUCAAUGAAUUCAAAGAAGACACACAAACAUCAAUGGUUUUUGGUUACGACAAACCAUAUUUGGAAUCAGAAUUUCCAGAAGAUUUCGGGAAAUAUGAAUUACCUUUAUACAUAAUGAUGCAACAAUCAGGAUACAGAAAAUUUUUAAGAAAUCCUGUUGAAAAUGAUAAAUUAGUUCAUGUCAUAUUUUGUGUUGAAUUUACUCCAUUUACAUUUAGUUCAGUUUUCUAUUCGUUCCAAAAGUUCGAGAAAGUUGUUGAAUACGCAAAUAAAUACAUGAAAGAAAUCUUCGAAUCAAGAGAUGAUUAUAAAGUUCUUUUGUCAUAUUACGGUUUCUUGGCAAGAAGUGACAAAAAAUAUCGAUUAAGUGAUCUGUAUCCUAAAGAAAGGAAAUCAUUGAUUUUACAUGUUCUUCCCGAAAGAAUGCCAGUUUCAAAACCAAAAUCAACAGUUCCAAUAAAGAUAUACAAAGUAAGUAAUCCUUGUGAUAUAUACAAAACUGCUGAUUUCAUUGUCAGAGUCAAUCCAAAAGUGAAACAUCUUUUGAAGUCUUUCGAUUUGGUUGGCGAAAAUUGCAGAGUUUUUCGUGUGAAUUCUGAAGCAAUUUGCGAAGAAUUGCAUGGAAGAAUCAGACCUGAUUUACUUUAUAUGAAAGGGAAUGAUAUUAGAAUAAUUAUCGGAGCUACUGAUACUUUAACACUUUUCUCUGUUUACUUCGAUGGUUCAUUCAUUCAAAACUUUUUCUUUAACGCGCCAGAGUCAUUUGAAUCACUGAAAAUAUCAUUGACUAACUUCAUACAAAUGAGGAAUUUUUCAGUUACAUUCCAUUCCAUAGGGAAACAGGAAGUUGUUGAAGGUAAUCCUGCAGAACUUGUUAGACAAUCUGCAGGAAAAGUAUCAUAUUUCUCUGUUCAAAAUGAAUAA